UUGUGGAUGACAUUGCGUGCAAAGCUUCUGAUGACAUUGAAUAGGAUCCGGUACCUGAAAUAUAAGGAAGUGAGGCUCGCAUUGUUUGGGCUAUUUAGUGCGGCAUAAAAACCCAUCACUACACAUGUAAAAUGUGACGAUGAUUAGCAUCAAGAUUGAGCAGAUGUGUAGAUACCCGUGUGUGUUGUUCAGUGUGAACUGGUGAGUGAGUGAGUGGGAAUUGCAGACUGACAGCAACACGAAUAUCGGCCACUCGCAGCUCCGCCAAAACUUGCCUGGGGUCAGGGGCCAAAGCCAUGAUCCCCCUCGGAGAGUGUAUGUACGCGGGCAGAAAACGGAGGAAACCGAUCCAGAAACACAAGUCUACAACGACCAGUGUGAAGUCCAACCCGUCUAAGAGACAUCGAGAUCGCCUGAAUGCUGAGUUAGACCAUCUGGCCAGUCUCCUGCCGUUUUCACCGGAUAUUAUUUCCAAAUUGGAUAAACUUUCAGUUCUUCGCUUGAGUGUCAGCUACUUUCGAGUAAAGAGCUUCUUCCAAGCCUUGGAAGACACAGAGUUGAGAAAGGAGUCUCAGCAUCUUCUCAGCCACAACACUCGGGAUAAUCAGCCCACAUCUUUAAACAGGAAUUCAUCACUGGAAGGAGAGCUUCUGCUGGAUGCUAUGGAUGGAUUUGUGCUGCUGGUGAGUGCCGAAGGAAUGGUGUUUUACGUCUCUCCCACAAUCGUCGACUACCUGGGAUUUCAUCAGACGGACAUGCUGCACCAGAGCGUGUAUGACUUCAUCCAUGUGGACGAUCGACAAGAGUUCCAGACGCAGCUACACUGGGCUAUGAAUCCACCACAGGACUUGUCUGGGCAGGAUCCUCUGAGGCAGGAAGCUAAUGGUGAGGAGAUUCUGAGUUCGUGCAAAGUUUACAGCCCCAAAGUUUUACCACCGGAAUUUUCUCAAUUUCUGAACCGUUGUUUCAUCAUCCGAGUGCGUUGCCUCUUGGACAGCACUUCGGGAUUUCUGACGAUGAAGUUCCAAGGCAGACUGAAGCAUCUCCAGGGACAGAAAAAGAAAGACCGGUCUGGUGUCUCCCUUCCGCCUCAGUUGGGGCUGUUUUGCAUCGCUGUACCUCUGCUGCUCCCUUCCAUCGGUGAAAUGAAGUUGAAUAGCUUGCUCCACAAGACAAAGCACAGGCUGGAUCUCAGCCCAGUGACGCUUGGGGCAAAGAGCAAAGCAAUUGCGGGAUGGUCAGAUGCAGAGCACCGAACAAGAUCGAGUUGCAAUUGCCUCCACUUUACGGAUGUACUGUACCGUGCAGAGAAUCAAAUCCGAAUGAUGAAUACUGGAGAAAAUGGCCUCACCGUCUUCAGGGUGCUCACUAAAGAAGGCCAGUGGGUUUGGUUCCAAGCUAACGGACAUCUGCCCUAUAAAAACAAGUCUACAGAAUAUGCCACAGUGCCUCGAGAGGACCCCAAGGAGACAGACAGAUCUAAGGAAGAGCAUCUCAGGAACCAGUUGGGAACUCACCAAACAGGCAACGCCAAUGGAUAUGUGUACAACAACUGUAGCGAUAUAUCUUUGCAACUAAAACAACUCUACGAGCAGCCACCAGCAAAAGAAGGAAGAGAGGAGAAAUAUGCAAGAAAUGAAGGUGGUGUCAGCCAUAAUGAGCCACUCAAUUUUUGCACAUCAUUUACCAGACCUGCAAAGGUUCCCAUUGCAGAUGAUUUAUGGGUAUCAGAAUACAGUAGAGGCCCAUCAAAUCUGCACGGUCCCCUGAGACCAGUGGGGAGAAUAAAUAAUGAUCCUGCCCGAGUGGCUAAAGGCUUCUGUGGUAGAAAUAGAUCGCUAACCGAGCCUCAGCUCAGGGAUAACACACUAACCUCCAACUUUCAAAACGUAAUGCAGAACAUCCGGGCUGUCGGAGAGAAGGUGCAGCAGAGCCAACUGUUUGACUUGCACUCCACUGAUCUAGAGAGUUACCCAAUCGAAAGCUGCAAAUCAGAAGAUGUUACAGCACUGGGCAAUCCCAUUAGUCAUAGGUUGAAGGAGCUUCCCACGGAGUAUUGUAACAAUGCGGAAAUGUUCCAAGGAGUGCAAGUCAAAAGCGAGUAUAAUGUGGAGCUGCACAAUGGACUAGGUGGGACUGUGGAAUCCUCAAGUCACCUGUGGGUUGACAACGAAAUUGGAAAAAAGAUGGUGGCGAGCUUCCCAAGACAGCCACAAUUAAAUUGCGAUCCCAACACAUUGGAACAAAUAUCACCCUGUGAGAAACUGAAAGCUCACCUGCCAUCUCCACUCUGUGGAGCCAGCACAGCCAGGGGCAGUGGCCUGUGGCUGGGGGGCAGUGGUUGCAAUCACAACAGGCCUUCCAACCAAGGAAUGGACAUGGUUCACUUCAGUUCACAGAAAGACACCCAUUCCCACUGUUCUCACAGUGAUCAGCAAACAGACUAUUUGCAAACACAUGCAUUUCCAUGCCAUAGUAUCCAGGAUAAGGGCCCAGGCCAGGUGGAAUACAAAGUACCACUGCAGUUCAAAUGCCAUGAUCUCAUCCAUACUGUCAUUAAACAAGAGCCCUCACCCUCUCCUCCUUGGUCUUGUGGCAAUCCGCACAACGUACAGGCAGGCCUGCAGAAAAAUAUGCCCCACUGUUUGAUCAAUCAACUGACUCAUAAGAUUACACAAAAUGCGUAUUUGUAAUUUUUUAUUGAAAACAGAAGAAACUGUUGUGGAUUUUUCAAAAAUGCUUGGCUCAAAAUCCUAACGUUCUGAUAUGUCGCCCCGUUGUUUAGUUUGCGGAUUUUAUGAGAGAAUUUUAUGACAAAUUGGUUAAGACAAUAUUACAUAUGAAAGUUCAAUCUUGGGCACAUGAAAAACAUUCAGCUUUUUAUAGCCAGCCUUGUUUGAGGAAGAUGCUGUCAGAAGAACAAGAACUCACCUCACAUUGAUAGAAAUCACAGAAAUGUUUGCAGGAACAUUCAACAUUGAACCACAUGUUUGAGCAGGUGAUCAAUGCUUGGGCUAAGAGAAAGGUUUUAAAAAAGAGAUAGCGGGGCAGAAAAAAAAUAGGGAGGGAAUUCCAGAUCUACGGAACAGAACUUUUGAAGAAACAGCCGCCUCUGAAAAUAGAAUAUAACCUGGUCAAGUUAAAAGAUGCAUUAUGUUCAAGUGGUCUAGCAACUGAGGAGAUUUAAUUAAUUUUUAUUCUUUUCCACGGAGUUCCUGCUUUUGUCCUUGAGGCAGAAGCUCAGUGCUCUCCAAAAUCCACGCUUGGUGGUCUGUACUGUUAACAAACUGAACCACUGUUAUGUUUUUGCAGUCAUGCCUAAUCUAAUCUAACCCGGAACAUAGAUUUCCAGACUGGAGAGGGUGGCUACAUUUCAUUCUUGUAUGAUGCUUGGUACUAUCACAACAUUUAAUAAAACAUUUGGACAGAUACAUGGAUAGGAUAGGUUUAGAAAGGAUAUGGGCCAUACACAGGCAGGUGGAACUGGUGUGGACGGGGCAUGUUGGUCGGCAUGGACAAAUUGCGCAGAGGGGCCUCCUUCUACGCUGUAUAACUGUACUGCUCAGCAAGUCCUGCACAGAUCAGGAAUUGUACCUGGAAUCUACUUGACUCAGCAUCUCACCUGGUGUUUUGUUUAGUCCUCUGAUUUACAUUUGAUUGUUAAUGUUGUUAGAAUUUACAGGUGGUCCGGACUACACAGUAUGCAGAAAGCUUCACAUUCUUUCCAAUGGAAUGAAAUAAAUUAGUUAUGUUGCCUUGGGAUAAUUUUCUCCACUAAUCAAAUACAAGUUCUUGCCAUGUCUAUUGCAUAGAACAGCUUGUGGAGGUGGUACAGACGUGUAUUGGAUUUACAUUGUGUCCAACUGUCCAACUGUCACACCACAGUGUCCAACUGUCAUAGGUACAGUAACUUUAUUGUUUAAGUAGUAAUCUGAGUGCCUGAAUGCAAAUUUGCAGCUAUGGUGAUCAGGAAAUGGUCAUCAUUGUCAUAAACAUUCAUCUGGUUCUUUAAUGCAUUUUAAGAGAAAAGACUUACUGUCAUUCCCUAUUCUGGUCUUAUUGUGGUCCUGGUCUCACAGUAAUAUGUGUUACUCUUAAUACCAUUCUGAAAAUGGCAAUGCAAACUAUUAGGUUGUUCAUCACCUCUGAAAGCACCUAGGAUGGUUCAUGAAUUUUCAAGAGCGAGUUAGAGUUAGAUUUAGCUCUUAGGGCUAAGGGAAUCAAGGGAUAUGGGGAAAAAGCCAGAACGGGGUACUGAUUUUGGAUGAUCAGCCGUGCUGGCACAUAGGGCCGAAUGGUAAUUCCUGCACCUAUUUUCUAUAUUUCUAUGAAUGGCACCUUUAUCAGUGGGAUCUAAGUCCCAUGUAUAUGUACAACAUAUGUCUUUUCCUAUGUAACAAUUGCAGCAACAACUUGCAUAUUAAUGGCACUUUGUAUUCUCCCAGGAAGAUGAUGUGUUUUUUCUAAGCAACAUAUAUCAACGAAUGUAAAACUUCACAAGAGAAAAUAAGCCCAUUAACCUUUUUGAACACCAGCAUAAGAUAGAAAUACAACAUUCUGUCAACUGAUUAGUAUGCUAGUGCCAUUUUCUAAAUAUAUAACCAUGAUAACACACAUAUAAGAAUGUCAGUAUUUUUUUAACAAUAAAUAUUGAGGCAAUAUUAAGGUUGGGAUUUUAUUUUUAAGUAACAUUUCACAGUAAAAUGGUACAUUUUUAAAAUUCAAGUUGAAAAUCCCACCAUGGUAUUUCAAUACGACUUCCCCACAAUAAUUAAUGUAGGCCCAGGUUUCUCCAUCUGUAAUAAUUGCAAAGCCACUGGUGUUAUUAGCGAUUGUACUUUGAAAUUAAGGGUAUGGGAUUUCACGUAGAAAUCUGGAGGUUCACAAUUUAGCCUUCCAAAGCUGGAGCUUUGAGCAGCUUUAUCGACUGGAAACAAAGAAAAUUAAAUGAAUUGGCAAAAGCAUCCGAUUCUUAUAAACUCGUUUCAUCCUGAAAACCAAGGUGUGUGUUAACAAGGACGAGGUAGAGGAUCAGCUAUGAUUUGAUGACCUUUUAUGGAGGAUCAGGCUUGGUACCCUACUUCAAUUUCUAUCUCUGACAUUGUUGUGUUCUUAAGCGUUCUUUGCAUGAUAUCUAAAUGAGCAGUACAUAGCAUGAUAAUACUCACUAUGUUAUUUGGCCACACAAAAAAAACCCCACCCUUUCUACAUGUGGAUUGUAAUUUCCUCAGGAAA